UCAUUUAUUUAUUAUUUUCUCGUUUCUUCUGCUCAGUGCUUAUUUGUCAAACUCGCUCCGAGUUUUAAAAGAUGACGUUCCGAGUCAUUACAGUCACCGCCAAAUCAACUCGGAAUCUCGGUAAACCGGCGCUGUACUUGGCAUGGACAAUUGCUUCCAUUAAACUCUCGCAUUCUCUAUAUCGUUUCAUUCGCUCACUAAAAAUGUCGUCUUCUUCCUCUUCUCAACCACCUACCACCGAUGCUGCAACUCUCCGUCUAAACCGUAUUCACUCAAGCAAGCUCUACUUCGACGUCCCUCUAUCUAAGAUGAAACAGGUUCCGCUAAUAUACUCACCGGCUUACAAUAUUGCGUUUCUUGGCAUAGAGAAGCUGCACCCGUUUGAUUCAUCCAAAUGGGGUCGUGUGUGCCGAUUUCUCGUUGCAGAUGGUGCGCUGGACAAAAAUAGUAUUGUUGAACCUCUGGAAGCUUCACAAGAUGAUCUCCUUGUGGUUCAUUCGGAGUCCUACUUGAGUAGUUUAAAGAGCAGUCCCAAUGUUGCCAUGAUAAUUGAGGUUCCUCCGGUUGCAAUAUUUCCUAAUUUUGUAGUGCAGAAUAAAGUCCUUUUCCCAUUUCGCAAACAGGUAGGGGGAACCAUCUUGGCAGCUAAGCUUGCAAAAGAACAAGGAUGGGCCAUCAAUGUUGGAGGAGGUUUCCAUCAUUGUUCUAGUGGAAAAGGAGGCGGGUUUUGUGCUUAUGCGGACAUUUCGCUUUGCAUACAUUAUGCCUUUGUCCUGUUGAAUAUAUCAAGGGUGAUGAUAAUUGACCUUGAUGCUCAUCAAGGAAAUGGCCACGAAAUGGAUUUUUCAAAUGACAGUCGAGUUUAUAUUCUGGAUAUGUACAACCCUGGAAUAUAUCCAUUAGAUUAUGAAGCUAGGAGAUAUAUUGAUCAGAAGGUUGAAGUAGUGAGUGGGACCACAACAAACGAGUACUUGACAAAAUUAGAUGAAGCACUUCAGGUUGCUGCUCAAAGGUUUGAUCCUGAGUUGGUAGUCUACAAUGCUGGCACUGACAUCCUGGAUGGGGAUCCACUAGGCAGGUUGAAGAUCAGUCCUGAUGGAGUAACUGCCAGAGAUGAGAAGGUUUUCAGAUUUGCUCGUGAGAGGAAUGCGCCUCUUGUCAUGCUGACAUCAGGUGGUUAUAUGAAGACUAGCGCGCGAGUCAUUGCCGAUUCAAUAAUAAACCUUUCGAAAAAAUGCUUGAUCAAUUUAAAGCCAUCCCGGUGAAAGAUUAAACUGCAACAUUAAUUUCCCUUUUCUAUAUAUAUAUACACAUGCACACGACAAAAGAGGCUAGCGAAGAAAGAUGUAUUUGUAGAGAACAAUAUAGAAAGGUAAAUUUACAAUGCAUAAAUUGAGAGGAAUGCUGUGGAUGUUAAAUAAAUUGAAGUUGUGAGUAAAUUAUGAAGCCAUAAUAGAGAUGUUAAAACUUAGAAGGUAAAUGGAUUGGUGAUUGUAUCUGACUCUAGGAUUUGAAUCUUCACCAAUCAAUCGAAUUUUAAUGAUGUACAGGAGGUAGUUGGUAAGAGGUCGCAACUUGCAAUCAA